CUCAACUUUAUGAAACCAAUGAAGUAGAAGGGAAAGAGCAUGCUAGCUUGGACUUGGGGAUGAGGAAACAACCAUGCAUCGAUGUCAUAUUAGGGAGACAUUUUUCCAUGCCAACACAAAGGAUGGAAAACAGUUCUGACUGUGACAGCAAUACACAUCAAACAAGUGCUUUGGAGACCCCAGCGAGAAAUGUAUUAUCGCCUUUGUCUUUGAGGGCUGAGAAACCUGCAACACCAUUAAGCCAAGAUAUAGGACAGAACUCACAGGGCGAGCAAGUGGCUGAGAUAGAAACGAGUGAGGAAUUGAAGAUGGAGAUGUCUCCUAAUUCUGCCCAGGACAAAAAUAUGGAUUCAUUAGAGAAGGCAAUGAAUCGUGCUGCUGCUCGCAAUUUGGAUGUGAAAGGAGGAUCCAGUAUUGCUGCCGGAUUUAAGCAGUAUAAUACAUCUCCAUGCCCAGGACCUCAUGCAGCAGGUUAUUUUCACUACUACCCACUGGCUACGGUCUUGGGUUGUACUGCAGAGGCACGAUCAACAGUCUAUUGUGAUGGAAGCUUCACAACGUUUGGAGCAGGUGGCUACGAAGUUCUUAUCUCAGGCGCAUGGGUGACGUUCUAGUCGUAGGAUUGACAUCCAUUAAGAAUGUGCUUACCAUGUUCUUUUUCUUUUCUCUUUUUCUUUCUUGUCUAGGCUGUGUGCAUCUUAUUGUUGCAGAGGCCGGGAGACGAUUUGUAUCAAACUUUUAGAUGCAAUGAAAAAUCUUCCUUAUCAAAAAAAAAUGUUCAAAAAAAAAGUGUUUCAGAGUUU